GACGGCAGAAAGUUGUGAGCACGAGGUUGAAGAAGAAACUACUUUUUUGAGCUGAUCCUAAAAAGACUGCUUCAAAUUCGUUUCGUAUCCGUAACAAACUCAAAAAAGUAAUGAGUCAGUCGGAUCUAACCUCAAAUCACUCCGAUCCUGAGAUGGAUUUUACACUUACUCCGUGUGCAGCCUGCAACAAGACGUCAUCGGAGAAUGAAGGGAUGGUCGGUUGCGAUUCCUGUAGUAGAUGGUUCCACUACCGAUGCGUAGGAGUGACGGCAGUCGUGAAGAAAGAGAAGAAAUGGUUCUGCUCGGAUGCGGCUUGUCAAGAGAUGGCGAUAAAAUACCAGACCAAGAAGCCUCCGAAGAAAAGCUCUACUCGUUCCACUACAAAGUCAGACGCGGUUCCUACCCAGGAGGAGAAACUCAAAGCAAUGGAAGAGGAAUUCAAGCGGAAGAUGCAAGAGUUGGAAUUUGAGCGGAUCAUUAAGGAGAAGGAAAUGGAGUUCAAACUGGCGCUGCAAGAGAGGAAGCUGCAGAUGGAGAAGGAGAUACAGAUGGCUCAGGAGAAGCUGUUGUUGGAACGAGCCCGGGAGGAAAAAACUCGACACCUGAAAGAGAUGAAGGCAAUGCGGGAGUCCUACCAGGAGGAAAUGGCCGGUAUGGAGGAAAAGUUUGCCCUAAUGCCGAAGCGAGACCCGAAAGUUCCAGCUGAAGAUCCGAAGGAGGGUGUUUCUGAUCCGGAUAGAAAAGCCAGAAUUCUGUCCGGUGAAAAAUUGAAGUUGGAUAAAGCAAGUCCGAAAAAGAAACCGAUUCCGGAGGAAUAUGAAGAAAGCAGCGAUGAAGAUGAAAGCGACGAGAGUGAAAGUGACAAUGAAGAAGAAGCCGACGAUGGGAAAGCAGGUCGUCAGGAGGGUAGCAAAACUGUCCCUCGCGGGCUGGGGCAGCAUCGCACAGGCCCGUCUAAAGCGCAGCUAUCGGCGCGGAGUGGUGUGACGAAAAGGUUACCGGUGUUUACUGGGAGACCGGAGGACUGGUCGCUCUUUUACGGAACGUUCCAAGCAUCGAACGAAGCGUGUGGUUUCACUGACGUGGAAAACCUUGUGAGACUUCAAGAGAGUUUGAGAGGACCAGCUCUCGAAUGCGUGCGAGGACAACUACUUCUUCCGAAAUCCGUCCUAAAGAUGAUCCAAAAACUCCGCCAGUUGUAUGGCAGACCUGAGCUUCUGCUUCAAAGCCAGCUGGAACGCGUUAGGAAAUUGGAUCCUCCGAAGUCCGACAGACUUGCGUCGUUUAUUCCUUUCGGAAAUGCCGAGUUGGUUGACAAGCUCCCGGCUGGAGACAAACGCGAGUGGGUCCGAUACAAGAGGAAGAAGAAGGAAGUAACAUUGCGAACGUUUACCGACUUCGUGUCCAGAAUUGUCGAUGAAGCUUGCGAGGCAAGUGUCAAGCUGGACCUAAAAUACGAGCCAGCGGGAGUCCACCGUGGAAGCAACGAGGUGAGCAAGAGCAGAUCGAAGGAGAAAGGUGUCCUACUCAACCACAGUACCACUGGUGGUGCUGCAAGGAGUACUAGUGAAAAGGCGAAGCCUAAACCGUGCAGAGCAUGUCAGCGCACCGAUCAUCGUUUGCGGUACUGUGAGGACUUUCGUCGAAUGGCCUACGGUGACCGAAUGGAUCUCGUGACAAAGUGGAAGCUAUGCCUCAUUUGCUUGAACGACCACGGGAAUGCUUCCUGCAAGUUCAAGAUUCGUUGUAAUGUCGAAAACUGCCAGGAGAGACAUAAUCCUCUACUCCACCCGCAAGGAGGUUUCAUCGGUACGAGUGCACACAUUCGAUCAGCGAGCGCAAUCCUCUUCCGGAUGAUUCCGGUACGGCUCCAUUGUGGAGGGAAAACGUUGACGACGCUAGCGUUUCUGGACGAAGGUGCGUCGGUUACGCUGAUUGAGAAGGAGUUAGUGGAUCGUUUAGGUAUCGUGGGUGUUCCAGAACGGCUGACUAUUACGUGGACGGCUGAUAUAACUCGCGAAGAGAAAGGUUCCAGGCGAGCUAGUGUGUGGGCGUCAGCCAUCGGCAGUGGGGAAAAAGUGUUGCUGUCCGCUGUCCGCUCGGUCGAAAGUCUGCUUCUCCCUAAACAAUCGUUAGAUUCUUCCAAAAUUUCAAGUGAAUUCUCACACUUGCGCAAUAUUCCGCUCAUGUCGUAUAAAGAUACCAGACCAGGGAUACUGAUAGGGCUCAACAAUCUAGAUGCGUUCGCUCCGCUCGAGGUACGGAUGGGGAAUCCUGGUGAGCCAGUGGCAGUACGCUGCAAACUUGGGUGGACUGUCUAUGGGCCGAAAAAUGAAAUCGCGUCGAAUCCAAGGGAGCUUAUGGGUUUUCAUGACAUCGUCAGCAACGAAGUUCUCCAUGAUUUGCUGAAGACCCACUACGCUCUGGAGGAGUCGGUUGUGGCUGUCAAGAAGGAGACAAAAGAGGACGGAAGGGCCUUGGGUAUCCUGCAGUGCACAACGAAACGACUUGGGAACCGCUUUGAAACCGGUCUGUUGUGGAAGAACGACGAAUUCAGCUUUCCAGACAGCUACCCAAAUGCCGUCAAAAGAUUGAAGCAGCUGGAGCAGAAGCUGGAAAGAAACCCGGCUAUCUCCGAAAACGUCCACAAGCAGAUAGUGGAGUACCAGCAAAAGGGAUACGCUCAUCUAGCUACUCCGGGGGAGCUUUCCGGAACCGAUCCCUGCAAGGCUUGGUACCUGCCACUUAAUGUGGCCCUAAAUCCCCGCAAGCCCGGAAAAAUCCGUCUGGUGUGGGAUGCAGCUGCGAAGGUUGAAGGAGUGUCUCUGAAUUCGCAGCUGUUAAAAGGGCCGGACAUGCUCACUCCUCUAGUGUCCGUUAUCAUCGGGUUCAGAGAGCGUAAAAUCGCUUUCGGUGCAGACAUCCGCGAAAUGUAUCACCAGCUGCGGAUCAUCGAGGCUGACAAACAAGCACAACGUUUUCUCUUCCGGGCGAAUAAAACAGAUCCUCCGAGUGUCUACGUUAUGGACGUGGCUACGUUCGGGUCGACUUGCUCCCCGUGCUCGGCCCAAUAUGUGAAAAACCUGAACGCAACGGAACAUGCCGACAAAUAUCCAGAAGCUGCGGCGGCAAUUAUCAAUCAGCAUUACGUUGACGACUAUUUCGACAGUGCUGAGACCGUUGAAGAAGCGAUUCGUCGAGCGAAAGAAGUGCGGUUCGUCCACUCACAGGGAGGGUUCGAGCUCAGAAACUGGGUCUCGAAUUCGCCUGAAGUUCUUCGGUUAAUGGGAGAGGAGAAAGCUGCUCAAGCGAUCCACUUCGGCCGGGACAAGGAAACCGGCAACGAGCGAGUUCUGGGUAUAAUCUGGAGCCCAGACCAGGAUACGUUCUCAUUCUCGACGGAACAUCGAGAUCACCUGCGUGACUAUCUGAGUGGAACUGAAAGGCCAACCAAAAGAAUAGUCCUGAGUUGUGUCAUGGGAUUCUUCGAUCCGCUAGGCCUGCUAGCGCCCUUCACAGUCCACGGAAAAAUUCUGGUGCAGGAUCUGUGGCGCACUGGUUGUGCUUGGGACGAGAAAGUUGAUGAACGAUGUUGGACGAAGUGGAAGAGGUGGAUCGAGUUGCUUCCGGACGUAGAAAACAUACAAAUUCCUCGCUGCUAUUUCGGUGAUUCGCUGUCGUCAGCAGUAGAGUCGCUGGAGUUACACAUAUUUGUCGACGCCAGUGAAUACGCAUACGGCUGCGUCGGCUAUCUGCGUGCGGUCGUUGAGGGCACCGUGCGCUGUUCUUUAAUAAUGUCGCGUUCCAAGGUAGCACCACUAAAGCGGCAGUCAGUUCCACGUUUGAAAUUAAUGGCGGCCGUGCUGGGUGCCCGAAUGCUGCACACGGUCAUCAAUAAUCACACCGUGAAAUUCCAGAGGAAAGUUCUGUGGACCGACUCGCAAACUGUGCGCAGUUGGAUCCGCUCCGAUCAACACAAUUUCAAGCAAUUCGUUGCAUUUCGGAUAGGAGAGAUAUUGGAGUUGACCAGACGUGGCACCAAUGGAAGGUGUUAUCAACAGCAAAAGGUUCUCGCGGUGGACGACGAUGCUUCGAAGCACGGCAACAGUAUUGCGUUUCGUGGACAAUUGUAG